GAGAAACGCAACCAGACCCAAAUCCGACCGCGAAAAGCGCUGCUACGCUAUAGUCAUUUUAAGUCGGACCCAUUUGGGGGAAGGAAGUGUCUUUUUACUAAUCUGUGAUUUUGUGAUUAAUUUAUUUAUUUUUUAAAUUAUUAUUAAUUUUUUUGGAAGUAAGAUGGUUAAGAAAAACGAACAUGCGCCCCUACACGGGGGGUACAAGUCCCAACUAAUCGCCCAAGUAGAUACCAAAAGGGGCGGUGUAAAUACACAAGUGAUAAUGUCAAGUUACAAGGCCGAGAAAGCUGGCGAACCAGUCCAAGUGGCCUCAGCCAACGGCUCCACCGUGCCGCUGUGCAAAAGGGACGCAGAAAUCGGAGACUAUGAUCCUUUACAGCACAGGAAACUGGAUCAUCCUACUUCUGAUUUGGACACUUUCAUUCAUCUCCUCAAAGGAAGCCUGGGCAGUGGAAUCCUGGCAAUGCCAUUGGCUUUUGCCAAUGCAGGUUUAUUCUUAGGCCUCUUCUGCACCUUUGCUAUAGGUUGCAUUUGCACCUACUGCGUCCACAUUCUCGUCAAGAGUGCGCACGAAUUGUGCCGACGGACCAAAGUUCCAAGUUUGGGUUUUGCCGAAGUAGCCGAGGCUGCUUUCCUGGCGGGGCCUCAAGGUUUCAGGCCCUGGGCGAAGUUUGCAAAGGCCAGUAUCAACAUGUUCCUCGUCAUCGAUCUCCUGGGAUGUUGUUGCGUCUAUAUUGUGUUUGUAGCCAAGAAUGUUAAGCAAGUUGUGGAUUUUUAUGCACCUGAAGAGUACCAGUUCAACCUUAGAAUGUACAUGGCUGCAUUGCUUCCGUUUUUAAUUCUUAUAAAUCUUAUCAGGAAUCUCAAGUGGCUGUCUCCGUUGUCUAUGAUGGCUAAUAUUUUGGUUGCUUGUGGUAUUGGCAUCACUUUUUACUACAUUUUUACUGAUCUUCCAUCGCUGGAUUCGCGUCCUGCAUAUGAGAGUAUUACCAAACUUCCAAUGUUCUUUGGAACUGCUAUCUUUGCUUUGGAAGGUAUCGGUGUAGUGAUGCCGUUGGAGAACAACAUGAAGAACCCGCGUCACUUUAUCGGAUGUCCAGGAGUUUUGAACUUUGGAAUGUUCUUCGUUGUUCUUUUGUAUGCGUCCACUGGAUUUUUUGGAUACUUGAAAUAUGGAAUGGAUACCGAAGGCAGUAUUACUUUGAAUCUUCCUCAGGAUGAACCAUUGGGUCAGUCAGUGAAAGUGAUGAUCGCCGUAGCCAUAUUCUUCACCUACGCCCUCCAAUUCUUCGUACCAAUCGAAAUAAUCUGGAAAGCAGUCAAAAACAACUUCAGCGAAGAAAGACAAAACUUCGCCAACAUCUCAAUCCGUAUCAGCCUGGUAUUCCUCACAGUAGUCUUAGCAAUCCUGAUUCCAAACCUCGGAGGCUUUAUUUCGCUCGUGGGCGCCGUUUGCCUGUCAAUGCUGGGCUUGAUUUUCCCUGCGACAAUCGAUUUGGUGACAUUCUACGAAGAACCCGGCCUAGGCAGGUACAAUUGGCGAUUGUACAAAAACUUGUUCCUGAUUUUCUUCGGGCUUAUAGGCUUCGUGACUGGUACUUAUGUCAGUAUCAUCGAAAUCAUCGAGUCCUAUUAAGCAAAACGAGGAAUCAAUUUGUGGCGUUGUUCUAUUAAAAAAAAAGCGUCUCCGGACAGGGAGUUGGGCUAGUAGAAUUAAACAAGCUGGGUUCAGGGUUCGCCCCUGGGUUGGAACCCGGGUACUUUUUUCUUUUUAUUAUUUGCUGGCAUUUUUUUCGAAAAAAAAUCAAGAAAAGUAUCAUGACGGAAAUAGUUUAGAGCCCUUUAAAUCACUCCCUGUGUGUUUGUUGAUUCUCAACCGCAACAUAUUUAUGUUGUGGCCACAUCAGAAUUUUUUGAUUUGCCAAAAAGUAUCUGAACUAGUGGAUGUUGUGUCAACAAUUCAAAAUCAAAUUAUUUAAUCUUGACUUUUGUAAUUUUUUUCAUUGAUUUAUAAGUUCAGUUGCUUUUUGGUUAAAAGUAUAAUGAGGCAAAAAAAAAAAAAAAUGGCUCAAGACAAUAGAAAACCCCAAUCUAAAAAUAAUUAAGCAUAGCAGUUAACAGAGCUUAAAGGGACGCAUAGAAUAUUAUGCCGCUAUUAUGCAAGUCGAGAAUAAUUUGAUAAAUUAAGGUUUGCUUUAACAAUUAAGCCUAUUUUAUUUUACUAUUCUUGCCAUGCAAACUAUAUUUUUAAGGGUAGUAUUUUUAGACUACGUAAGUAGUUUGAUCUGUGAUUAAUUUUUAAACAGGUUUGUAGUAUCAUAUAAUAUAGAUUUCAAGUUUUUAUUUUAUCAUUUUCAAUACAUUUUUCCCAGUUUUUCAAACAAGAAAUUUAGUGAGACUAUCAUUGGCCAUCAAUUUUUUUUUUUUUAAUUUAUAUUAGUUUGAUUGUGAUUUGUUAGUUAAUAGUGCUCAAUCAAUAAUUAAUUGCCUUCGAUUUUGGUAUUGGCUUCAAAUAAUUUAUACAGUAUUAAAAAGCUGUUACUAGAAUCGAACACAAUUCAAACGUCUAAAUUGGUUCCAAAGGAACUUGUGUGUAAAAAUGUGGUGCCUUAUUUGAUAAAUUGUUCCUUGUAAAAAAAAAAUCGCACACAAAUUUUUUUGCCCUUUUAUUGCCAGCCAGUUGAAAAUUUAUUGCCACUACUGUGUGAUUUUCAUUUCUAGCAACUUUGUAGUUUUACUGAAAAGUUGCUUAUUCUUAUAAGGCAUAUACAAUACAGGGUUCAUUUUCAUUAUUUUUUAAAACAGACAAUAAUAAUUAGUGUUUUUGUAUUGACGAGUAGAUAUUUAACGAAAAUUCUGAAUUUGGAUCCUGAAGUGUUUUCUUUUUUUGCAUGUAUAGGAUUAGUUUGAUAAUUAUUAUUAUGUUCCAAAAAUUUUUGUAUUGUUGAUUGAAAUUUAAAAAAAAAAAUAAUAAAAAGUAUUUUUGAAAAUAUGACUUAAAACCAAUAAAAAGGACUUUUGUUUUUAGU